AUGCCAGGCCAAGUUGCCGAGUACCUCGAGUAUGACAACUCCAGUGAAAACACCGACAGUAUCCAGUCUUCCCCACCAUAUCCUCCACAUACUAGUUGUGUCGUCGAGGUUCCCGGUAACCUCUUUGAUGCACCUGCUGGCUCGGGGUUGAUUCCCCGAGAUGCCUGUAACUGUAUGGGUGCAUGGGGUGCUGGGAUUGCUCGCUCGUUCCGACAGAGGUAUUCCCAAGCGUACCAAUACUACCGCUCCCACUGCCAGAGCUACAUAGACUAUCCAGAACGAAACAGCAUCAUCAACCUCCAGUCCGGCGACGACAGACGCAUCUCCGUGUGGAAACCACUGGGCACGGCGCUGCUGAUUCCUCCCCAGGAUUCCGAGAGACACUGGAUUAUCUGUCUCUUCACCUCACGUGGGUUUGGAAAUCGCGUCAGUUCUCCCAACCUGAUUGCAAAUAGCACCUAUGCUGCUCUUAAGGAUCUGGAGCGGUGGAUGGGAAUCUACCAGGCUCUGCACGAACACAUCGGUCUUGAUUUGCCUAAUGAUUUGUACGCGUGCCGCUUCAACUCGGGCCGUUUUGAUGUUCCUUGGCAUAGGACUCGGAAUCUUAUUGAGGGCGCCGAUGUGGCUAUGACUGUUGUUUAUCCUCCUGAGGAGAGAGCGGAAGGAUCGAAGUCACCUGACACCGUGUUUGCCUACUAUCCGCGACCCGCGUUGACAGCCCGUUUCGGUUCCACUCAACACUCCUCCCACUCCGAUUCCCACUACCACCACAAAAUGGCUGGCGAACCAGCGCAGAAAAAGCGCCGACUCCCCUUCAACCCACCUAGCCGCGCCUCAUCCACCGCCGGAUCCUCAACAUCGGCCUCCAAAGCAAAAGGCCAAGCCAAACAAACCACCAAGUCCUCAUCCUCCGCCUCCGCCUCCGCCUCCAAGUCUACCAAUCGCAAAUCCACAUCAACCAGCAAGCGUGUGCGCGCCCAGUCCCCGCCAUCAUCAGCUGCCGUCUCCGACGACGCGUCGGAUGCAGAGUCUGGAUCCAACUCCUCUAGUCACAGUCGCGAGCGCUCCGUCUCCCAAGAGCCAGACUUCAUUCUCGCUGAAAUCACCACUGCCCAAAAUGAAGCAGAGGACGUGAGCUGGAGCGAGCCGACUAUACCGUCCAAAUUACUUACGCGGUUGCUACAUCACCAUUUUACCAAGGAGAAGACAAAGGUCGCCAAGGAUGCUAAUGCGGUUGUGGCGAAGUAUGUCGAUGUCUUUGUGAGGGAGGCUAUUGCGAGAGCUGCCUAUGAGAGAGCGGAGACGGAUGGUACGUCUGGCGCGAGGGGAAUCGGCGAUGGGUUUCUGGAGGUGGAGGACCUCGAGAAAAUGGCACCACAGCUUACGAUGGACUUUUAA